GAUUCCAACCUGACAUCAUUCUCCGGGAGCCUCCAGCUUACUCUCGACCUCAGCAGCUGCUUCUGCCCCAGGGGGAGGGGAAGUUCCUCGAGUUGGAUGCGUCCAAGAGAGCUACCUGGCCGGAUCUUGGCCGCGUCUUACCCCCACGCCUGCCUCCUGACCUCUGUCCCCGAAAGAGAAAACCCCAAGUAGCUGCAGCCUACCUCAGCCGGCCCGCUUCUGACCUUGGGGCAGGGAGACCCGGACACUGCGGAGAGGCUGGGAAGGGGAUUCAGGAGUGAUCCUGGCAGAGGGGGGCAGCAGGUCUGGACAUGUUGGAUGACCUGGGUGGUGCCAGGGCUCUCAGCUGCUGAGUCAGGCUCUGGGGUUCUAGGAGGAGUUCCUGCCAGAGGAGAUGGCUGAGGGGAAGAAGGGCAAAGCCCCAUUUGAUGGCAGUGGCAGUCGUCCCACCUGGCUGCCCAGACUGCUCCGGCAGGAGACCAAGUGCACUCCUGUCAUCAUGACAAAACUGAAGGGUCCUGGAUCUGGGAAAUAUUCCCGGCAGCCCUGCACUGGAUACAUAGACCAUGACAUCACCAUGUUCAGGGAGCCCGCCUACACCUUCCGCAUCAUGCACUCGGGAAAAAGAUACUCUGACCCCUGCAGUCCUGGACCUUGCUAUUACUUCAACCCAAAUCUCACCCGCUUCGGAAUGUCCCACAGCCCACAGGUCUCCAUUUUCGAGCGGCUGCCCAAUUUACGGACGGAGUCCACACCGGAGCCGGCGACCUAUCACUGGGAGAAAGUGCCCCCGCCCGGAGAGCGCUGCGCCCCGGCGUUCUCUAUGGGGAGUCGGUGGCCCUUCCGCGUGUCGGACCCCACUCCUGGCCCUGGCCAGUACUCCCUGCCACGGCCGCCCCCAGGACGUGGGCCUGGCCCCACCCUGGGCUCCACCUGCACUCUCUGGGCCUUCAACAAAGACCUGGUCCGGGGGCCUGGCCCCGCUGCCUACUCCCGGCCGGACCCUGACACCUUCCUGACCCGCAGUCCCUGCCACAGCCUGGCCUUGCGCCUCCAGCCGCCCAAGGGCUCAAGCUUGGGGCCCGGUCCAGGGGCCUACAAUGUGCAUCGGGUGACCAUCCACAAGCCCCGGGCCCCUGCCUGCACCCUGCACAUCAGGCACUCCGACUACCUCACCCCUCUGGUCAUUGAUGUGAAGGACUGAUCCCUGUGCCUGCCCUUCCUGUCCAAGCCCAGGUGGCCCGGGGAGGCCGGGGGCAUGGGGGACUGGGGAGUACUUGGGGGAGUAGGGGACUUCCCUUGCAGGGAUAUGGGAGCCGCUUCAGGGGUUCCCAGGACUCAGAGUGCCGGGUGUCUGGCACCAGCACCCUCCUGUAGACAGGAGUCCUCUCUCUGCCCAGACCCUUCCCCUCUCUGAUAGCCUCGUCCUCCACUGUCCUCCAUCCCACUGAAUUUUAUCUUAAUAAAAUAAAAGACUAUUGAUCUUAA